AUGAGUAUACAGAUUCUAGAAAAUCCGGCAAUCAUCGGAAACAAGAGGAUUAAGUCGCUUGUUGUGGACGACGAUGUGUGGUUCGUAGCAGGUGAUGUGGCCGAUGCACUUGGAUACAAGGAUACGGAUAAGGCAGUCCGGAACCAUGUGGAUCCUGAAUCAAGGAAGGCUAUUAGUGAUAUUUCAACCCCCGCCAAAACGGCGGGGGUCCAAAUUUCUUACGGAAGUGUAAAACCUAACACCACAAUGAUCGACGAAGCCGGUAUGUAUGAACUUAUUAUGAGAUCGAAACUACCGGCGGCAAGGGCAUUUAGUCGUUGGAUUGCAAAGGAUGUUCUUCCAGACUUAUUCGAGAAUGUGCUGAUCUUAUUUCUAGUUCCAUAA